AAAGUGGGCGUGGCAAACGAUCUAGCUCCAUGGCGUCUAUCUUUGUCGUGGUUUUCGUCCUUUUCCUGCCUUCUCUGGCUGAGCCAGUCGGCGUCCGUCCUCGCUACAGUGGCUACCAGCUGGGCGGUGGAGAUAGACGGGGGAGAAGGCGAGGCGGAGAGGCUGUCCCGCGCACACGGACUCAUCAACAGAGGACGAGUGGGGAGCUUGAGCAGGCACUACCAUUUCGAGUUGGCUGAACCCACCAAUGGGGACGUUUCAGCUGCUAUCACCAAGGCCCUAUCUAAGGAAAUAUCAGUGAAGCAUGCUGAGCCACAGGUUGUGAAGGAACAUGAAAAGAGAGACUACAUUGUUCCAGCUGAUCCCGGAUGGUCAAAGCAGUGGUCACUGAAGAGCGCAGGGGAGGUGGAAGGAGACGACUCUCGACUGGACAUGAGAGUGGAGCAGGUGUGGCUCCAAGGGUUCACAGGUCGCGGUGUCACAACUACAGUCAUUGACGAUGGCCUGGAAUGGAAACACGAUGACCUCAUCAGUAAUUAUGAUCCGAGCGUGAGUCACGACUUCACCACCGAUACCAGUGACCCCACGCCGUUCCGAGGAGACAACCACGGCACGGAGUGUGCCGGUGUAGUCGCCAUGUCCAAAAACACCCUAUGUGGCAUCGGGGUCGCCUUUGACUCAAAAAUUGGAGGGAUAAAGAUAAACAUUGAAGAGUCCAUGGACGUGUUUGAAGCCAGGGCUCUCGGCUACCAACAGAGCAGUGUCGAUGUCUACAGCAACAGCUGGGGACCGAAAGACAACGGAUACACCGUAGAGGGCCCCGGGCGCCUGGUGUCAAAGACAUUGCAGAGUGGGGCUGAGAAGGGACGAGAUGGGAAGGGGAAUGUCUUCGUGUGGGCAGCUGGAAACGGAGGGGAUAAGUUCGACUCCUGUGCAGCCGACGGCUAUGUCAACAGUAUCUACACCAUUGCUGUUGGAUCUGCUGACCAGGACGGACGACAAGCCUACUACGAUGAAGACUGCUCCGCCAAAAUGGCCGUCACCUUCAGCCACAACUCGAGACCCACUGGUCCUCAGGUCUACACCACCACUCUGGACGGGCGGUGCACCUCCGGGUUCACGGGGACCUCAGCUUCUGCCCCCCUGUUAUCAGGAGUGAUUGCUCUCGCUCUGCAGGCAAAUCCUGAUCUGACGUGGAGAGAUGUCCAGUAUCUGAUAGUCUACACCUCUAACAUUGACAUACUGACUGUGGACGACUUGGCCACCAAUGGAGCUGGUCUCAAAUUCAGCCACCACUUUGGAUUUGGAGCCAUUGAUGCCGAGGCACUGGUGACCAGAGCCAGACACUGGACCAGUGUUCCCCAGCAGCUCAACUUCACAAUCCCUGCUACACAAUUGUAGGUUAUUAACACCAACAUGCUAAUAUACUGGAACCCCUCUCAUCCAGACACCUAUUGGACAUGAGAAACUGUUCAUGUUUGUGAGUCUCCUUGUUUCAGUGAAUGUAGGGAAAGAAAAGGUGUCCCGAUUACAGAAGUGUCGCUUUUUUAGGGGUGUCCUUAAAAGGGGGUUCUACUCUAUUCUCAACACUCAACACACUUUAACUCCAAUUUUGCAGUGAAUGUAUGAUUUCCAACGGAUCCACGUGCGAGCUGGAGUUUCAGUUUACCAGUGAACUUGGUGCCAAUAUAUCGUCCCUGGAACACGUCCUUGUCUCCCUGUCUCUCUCUAUCGUUCCGACUGCCAACGAUUCCCUCUGGAACCUCACUGACUACUACGAGGCAGAGAAAGACGGAGAGGCCGGCGACUGGCUCCAAUCCCCCCACCCACGUCGCGGGGACGUGGAGAUAGAACUAACGUCGCCGGCCGGGACGAGAUCCAUUCUCCUGCCAAACAGAGACUACGACUUCGUCAACACUGAGGGAUACGACAACUGGCCAUUCAUGUCGGUCCACUUCUGGGGAGAGGAUCCCACCGGUACCUGGACCCUGCGUACCACCUUCCGGGCUUCUUCCGGAAGUGUAUUUAUCACAAACGUGACUCUGACCGGGUUUGGGAUCGCGGAAGGGGUCUCGGGGAAUUCGAAUCGCGGUUUGUGUCAAAAUUGUCUCAGAGGCUGCGGCGAUGUGUGCGAUGUUUGUUCUGAGCUUCGACUGAAUUACUCGCUGGCAUGCGUGAGUACGUGUCCAAACGCGACAAUUGAAUACAACGGAUACUGCAUCGCCGGCAGCGUCAUAUAUCCCGAAACGCCUACCGGAAAUUCCGCCGAUGGUACCACUACGGUCAUUUUGGUCUCGGUGGCCGCGGUGGUCGUAGUAACACUGUUUGUUGUGGUACUAGUGGUCUUAGUGGUUGUUUUAGUCACGCGAAAACGGAGAAAAGAUCGAUUUAGUACCACUACCACUGCCACCAACGUGUAUUGGUCUCUUCCUGACAUUGACGACAAUGAUGAUGAAACUGUCCAAAUAUAGUAAUUACAUCACACUCUCUAUUGUCACUUUCUAUUUAUCACAAUCUCUAUCGAUAUUGUUUCCGUAUCAUUUUAUUUUAUCAUCAAAGUGUUAUAAAUGAAAGCGAAGAUAUUACAUCAUAACAA